UCCCUUUGAGCGCGCACGCGCACGUCCCGGAGCGGGGGAGUGCGUCGUGCGGACGUAGCCCCCCGUGCGUGCGCGCGCCCGGCGGUGCAGCCCCCGCAGCCCCGAGAGCAGCGCAGCAGCAGCGGCGGCGGGAGGGGCCCGGAGCCCCGCCCCCCCCGGGGAGGGGCCGCGCGGACAGCUGCCUCCCCGCUGGGGAUGAGACCGGGACGCGGGGAGAAAGGAGCUAACGGGGCCGCCAUGGCCCUCGCCUAGGACUGGAGUGCAGGUGGGCAGGUGCCCGUCGCCCGCUGACCAUGCUGGAGCGAGGAGACCAGGCGGCCGGCGCCAGCGGGAGGACCCCCGUGGGCAAGGACCCCGUCGUGACCAACGGAGGGGCCUCCCGUAAAGCCAAGCCGAAGCGAAGCCAGCCCCCCGAGUCCGGCCCGGCCGGCGGGCGGGGGUCCGGGCAGCAGCCCCCUUCGCGCGCCCGCCGCCCGCCGCCCCCUCAGCGUCCCCACCGCUGCCCGGACUGUGACAAGAGUUUCUCGUACCCGUCCAAGCUGGCCACGCACCGGCUGGCCCACGGCGGCCAGCGGCCCCACCCGUGCCCCGAGUGCCCCAAGUCCUUCUCCUACCCCUCCAAGCUGGCCGCCCACCGCCUCACCCACAGCGGGCACCGCCCCUUCCCCUGCCCGGACUGUCCCAAGGCCUUCGGUCACCGCUCCAAGCUGGCCGCCCACCGCUGGACCCACUCCCCAGCCCGCCCCUACCCCUGCCCCGACUGCCCCAAGUCCUUCUGCUACCCGUCCAAGCUGGCCGCCCACCGCCACACCCACGCGGGGGGCGCCCGCCCCUACCCCUGCCCGCUCUGCCCCAAGUCCUUCUGCUACCCGUCCAAGCUGGCCGCCCACCAGCAGCGGCACGGGGCGGCCGCCCCCGGCCCCUCCCCGGCCUCCCCGGCGGCCCGGGAGGCGGCCGCCCAGCACCGCUGCCCCACCUGCGGCCAGGGCUUCGGCCAGAGGCGGCUCUUAGCCCUACACCAGAGGAGCCACCGUGGCGAGGCCAAGGGGGGCAAAGGAGCCAAGGUGGAGCGGGCCUGACCCCCUUCCCCUCAUCCCCCCGCCCGGGCCUGCUCAACUCCCAGCCGCCGCCAGCUUUCGGUUCCCCCCCGCCCAGCUCGUCCCCUGCUCCGUGCCAAUAAAUGGAUGCGAUUUCUAC